AGUUUGCUGGUCUACCACCGCCACACGCCCCGGAUAACAAAAGUUGUCGAGGGAAGAUAAACGGACUUAUUUUCGUCCAAGCUGCCCGAGACUUGCAGUAUGGCAGACUGUGUGUCCAAAGUGGAGCUGACUGUCUCCUGUGCUAACCUGCUGGAUAAAGAUGUGGGAUCAAAGUCUGAUCCUCUGUGUGUGCUGCUGCAGAGCUCUGGAGGAGAUAAAUGGACCGAGCUGGGCCGCACUGAGUGUUUGAAGAACACCUCCAACCCGUCCUUCAGUCAGCGUCUCCGACUGGAUUACCACUUCGAGACGGUUCAGAAUCUGAAGCUGAGUGUCUACGACAUUGACAACUCCACCUCUGACCUUAAAGAUGAUGACUACCUGGGAGGGGUGGAGCUAACACUUGGACAGAUAGUUUCCAGUAAAACUGUGACCAGACCUCUGCAGCUGAAGAAGGACAAACCUGCAGGGAAGGGAACCAUUACUAUCACAGCAGAGGAGAUAAAAGACAACAGAGUCAUUGUGUUGGAGUUGGAGGCUAAAAAGCUUGAUAAGAAGGAUACGUUUGGGAAGUCUGAUCCAUUCCUGGAGUUUUUCAAACAGGGAGAUGCUGGAAAAUGGCAGCUGGUCCACAGGACGGAGGUGGUGAAGAACAAUCUGAAUCCAUCCUGGAAGAAGUUCACCGUUCCUCUGCAGACCUUCUGCAGCAGUGACCUUGAAAGACCUCUGAAGGUGGAUUGUUCUGAUCAUGACAGCGAUGGAUCUCAUGAUCUGAUUGGUUCUUUCACCACUAAAGUCUCUGAGCUUCAGAAAACUGCACACGGUUCAUUGGUGCAAUUUGACUGCGUCCAUCCUGAGAAACAGAAGAAGAAGAAGAGCUACAAGAACUCUGGAGUUGUGAUUGUCAAGAGCUGCGAGCUGGUCACUCAGUACACCUUCCUGGACUAUGUGAUGGGCGGCUGCCAGAUCAACUUCACUGUUGGGAUCGACUUCACUGGCUCUAAUGGUGAUCCUCGCUCACCCGACUCUCUCCACUAUAUGAGUCCAGAUGGGCUGAACCAGUACCUGUCUGCUCUGUGGUCUGUGGGUCAGGUGGUCCAGGACUAUGACACUGAUAAACUCUUCCCAGCAUUCGGUUUUGGAGCCAAACUGCCUCCAGACUACCAGGCGGCAAACCAUGAGUUUGCCCUCAACUUCAACCCAACCAACCCUUACUGUCAAGGCAUCCAGGGAAUUGUUGAAGCCUAUAGGACUGUUUUGCCUAAGCUCAAACUCUCUGGACCCACAAACUUUUCCCCCAUCAUCAACCAUGUAGCUUCCACUGCUGCCAGUGCUGCACAGACCAAUGCUGCCACUCAAUACUGUGUCCUCCUCAUCCUCACUGAUGGCGAGAUCACUGACUUUGACCAGACCAGGGACGCCAUCGUUCGAGCGUCACGGUUUCCCAUGUCAAUCAUUAUUGUUGGGGUGGGACCGGCCGACUUUAAGGCCAUGGAGCUUCUGGACGGAGAUAAUGGUGUGCUGAAGUCUACAGCGGGAGAGGCCGUCACCAGAGACAUUGUCCAGUUUGUGCCGUACAGGCAGUUCAAAGAUGCUUCCCAGACGGCUCUGGCUCAGGCUGUCCUUGCUGAGGUUCCCAGUCAGCUGGUCUCCUAUUUUAAAAUGAGAGGCCUAGACCCACCAAAAUGUCAGGUUGCUCCCAAAUAAUGAAUCCUGCACCCCACAUGUGCCCAACCUACCCUCAUAUUCCCCAAACCCACCCCACAAAAUUAGAGGCCCACCCUCAUGUCAUUCCAGCCUCAGAUCGCGUCCCUUCACUCGGCUAUCAGCCACCAAAGUUGACCAGUCUUCAAGGACCACCAUUGACGAAUUAGCCAAUCACAGAACAGAACUCAGCUGUUAGCCAAUCAAGAUGCCAGGGACAAAGAUCCUUGUUUUUUCUUCUUUUUUUUUUUAAUUCCAUUUAAUAGUCUUUGUUUCCAGAUUUUCCUCUUCCAUAGCUGGAAUGAUAAUCAUAGAGUAUAGAUUGAUUUGUCCUGCUGCUUCCACAAUAACUAUGCAGAUCACAUGUUUGCUAGCAUGUGUUUAAAAAUCAGUGCCACACACAGAAGUAAAAACUUUUUUUUUAAAUUUUUGCUCCACAUGUAUUAUAGGAGAAGAGUGACUGAUAGCAGAGAUGUGAUCUUUCUAAAAACUGAACAGAUGUUUGGAUUUUCCCCCAUUCAUUUACAGUUUUAUCACAGCAGCCCCUAGUGAACAUGAGAGGUACUGCAGCUGCUGGUUCCUCCGAUCUGCGUGCGGCUCAGAUUAGCUUUUUUGAUCAGGUGCCAAUACUUUGCGCUUUGCUUUUAGACUAAAUGCUGGAAAACUGUAUUAUGAAUGAUAUAUAGCUUUGUACCUACAGCCUUACUAUAAACUUUACAGCCUUAAUUGGGAUAAUCAUGGUUAGAUUAGUUAGAUAGUUGAGAUUUACAUGGUUUCUCCAGCCUGGGAUGACCUGGACGCACAGUGUUAAAAUGUAUCAAUAUGUAAGUUUACAGCAAAGCCACAUUUAAUUUUGUUACAGAAUGCACUGCUGCACAGCUUCAACUGUAACCACUUAAAAACACCUAAAAUUGUUAGGUUUUUUUGCCUUUUUUUUAAAAAUAAAAAACAUUAACAGGACAGAUAUGCAAAAAACCCCCAUUGUGAAUCAGUGUUCAAUUUUUAAUGUAUUUUUGUUUCAUUCUCACAAAAUAAUGCAAACUCUGGGGUGCCCGGGUGGCUUAGUGGUGAAGCUGGCGCCCAUAUACAUAUGCCGUGUUGUGGUGCGGGUGCGAGUCCCGGCCCAUUGCCAAUUUGCCCGCGUGUCUUCCCCUGUAUCUUUCCCCCAUUUCCUGUCUCUCUCCACUGCUGAUAAAAAGCCACUGUGGCCAAAAAUGCAAUAAAUAAAUAAAUAAAUAAUAUAUAAAUAAAUAAAUAAUGCAAACUCUAAGAUCCCAGGAAAAAAAAUCUGUGGCAGAACAUUUUAGAAAACAUACCUGCAGUAUUUGCUCAAAACAACCAGAAAAUUGAAGUUUGUAUGAGCAGGAAGGUCGUCCUACAACAAAGUAGCUCCAAUAGAUGAGAGAUGCAUUUGAAAUCAAUCAGAGAAGAUAAUGAAGUGAAUCAUUAUUCAGAUUUUUUUAUUUUUGUUGCCAAACAUUAGUAGAUUCAAUAGGUAACAUUUGUUUCUGUCAGUGCCAUCUUUGUUAGUUACCUUCACGCCCCACCUGCUGCUUCUAAUCGAAGGGAAACUUCUGUUUUCCCACAUUUGAAGGAUUUUCACAGGUCGAAUGCUGAAAUAAUUCUGAUUAUAGUAAAAAGUAUUUUAGGAGACCAUGAUUGAUUUCUGAUUGUGGUUUAGCUGUACACACUGUAUGGUCACAUGGUGCUGUCAUCUCACUAACUCUCAGUAGUAAUAAAUUAAGUUUAAAAAUGUGCAACAGUAAUAAAGUAGUACAUCUCCAGUAAUCAUAAAUCCACAGUGCAGGCUGUGAUGAGAAUAGUUGGUGAUGCCACAGCAUCAUGUGACCACCAGCUCCACUGCUCAUUCAGCUAACUACCAUUGACUUACCGGUGUAACUAAACCACUAUAUCCAAUAAUAAACCUGUCUGAAGAAUGCAUGUUACAAGACAAUAAUAAAAAUAACU